AUGAAUGGGUUAGAUCUGUCCGAAUGGGUCGGAAAGCCACCUGACAACCCACGCAAGCCCGAAGAACACGGAGUUCCUGCCGAAGACGCUACCGAAGCAAUCGUUCAAACCCCUGUCGAUGGAAAAGGUGUCGCGGUCGAAGAAUUUGAGGAUGACACCUCGUUUGCUCCAGAUGAGCAGGCAGAACCGUCACACUCAGAUGAAAGUGACGGAGGAGAUAUUGUGCACGACUACAACAUUACGAACACCAAACCACGAGGAGCACCUGUACUGAGCCCCGACACGUUCCCGAGUGACGAAGAUGGAACCGAGGACGACUACGAAGAGGAACCUCCCUCACUUGGGUUGUUCCAAAAGAAGUUCUAUGUCGAUGUGCCCAGGUUGGCAGACGAAGUCAAAGAGACGUAUGACUAUCUGCCUGGACAUUUCGCCGUCGAAAGUGUACUGUCUCAGCGAAAAGACAAGCGUUAUGUCGUAAGGCUAGAGAGCGGCGAAAAAGAUAUCGUCUCUGCCCGUAGGAUACACGAGCUGGACAACGGUUAUGACGCGCUGCGAGCGUUCGAGGACAGUCAGCCGCAAGCCAGACGACCAUCCCAGAGGGAUCCAGCCAUGCUAGACUGGAGCACGGUUCCCUUAACAGAUUCAGGAGAAGACUCGCCGCCCCGGCGACGACGAAAGAGCGCAGACGACAGCGAUGCUGAACCUGGAGAAUUCGAAGAAAUCUCAGAGGCGGAUGAAGAGGACGGUGUUUCAGAAGAAGAUGCACACAAUGGUCGCCGCUCUGCACGACUCAGCAAAAUCAGGACGACAGCCUAUCUCAAGCAAGAGCUUGAUGACCUUCAGGACGUGACGCAUGGCCGCCUAAGAAGGAGUGCGAGGGGCACCACAGGCAGAUCAACCCGGCGACCGAAGAGAGCGUCGACGCGAGUAUCGAUACGCCCUCAGCGUAGGUCGAGAAUGAGGAGGGACUCGUCUCCGGAGACAGAUGUGGCGCCGCCAGCGCGCCGAUCCGAGCGCACCCGGACGCAGCCGAAACGAAGUAUGCGCGAGAGACAAGAGGAUGAGAUCUCAAGCUACGAGGACGAGAAAACAGCCCCAAAAGUCAUCAGCACCAAAGAGCACUUCGUCAAACUACCUGACCACGAUCCUUUCAGACGGAGGCAUCGGCAGGAAUGCGAGACUUGUUACUUCAAAGGAGACGACCCAGGGAAGGGACCUCUAGUCUUUUGUCAAGGCUGCACCAAUUCCUAUCAUAAGAAAUGUCUCGGCUUUCGGGGCACGAGAGACCACCUUGUCACGAAGGUCGGGGAGCAACUAUUCGUUCUGCAAUGCAGACGUUGCAUCGGCCUUGCUCAUGACAAGGAGCGUAUGGCGCCACACCAGGGACGUUGCACCAGCUGUCGUGAAUAUGGUGAACUGUCGAAGCCAUUAAGGGGUCGUCUUACCACUCGGCAGGAGCAGCUGCAAAGAGAGGAGAAUGGGGGAACGGAUCCGAUCACAAUUGUUGAGUCUAGGCUCAUCAACAAUCCAUCGCUGGUCAUGUUCCGUUGCUCACAGUGUUCUCGUGCAUGGCAUAUGCAUCAUCUUCCCAGGCGUCAGACAGCCCAUUCACUCGACGACGAAGAUGAGGAUAUGUUGGAUGAAGCGCACCUAGCGCAGAAACGGUUCGAGCAUUACCAUCGGUCUUGGGUGUGCAAAGACUGCAUCGAAAAUCAACACCAGAUUGAUGCACUUGUGGCGUGGCGCCCUGUCAACCUGGAUUCUUAUCACCCGGGAACUGUUCUCACGAAAUUGCCUGAAGAUGAGAAAGAAUAUCUAGUCAAGUGGCGUACACAGUCGUACUUUCGAACGACCUGGAUGGCGGGAGACUGGGUCUGGGGCAUUGCUCCAGGUAGUAUGCGCCUGCCUUUCCUCAAGAAGCCAGAGAAUCAACUUCCGAAGAUGACCACAACGGACGCCAUCCCCGAGGAGGUAUUCCGUGUCGAUAUUGUCUUUGCAGUGCGCUAUUCGAGUGUUGUUCGCAAUAGUACCAAGGAAAUCGACCUUGCCAGGGCCAAAGAAGUUGACUCGGCUUAUGUCAAAUACAAAGGUCUCGGCUAUGAAGAUGCUAUCUGGGAGAAGCCCCCUCCUCCUACCGAUAUUUACCGAUGGAACGACUUCAAAGCUGCAUACGAAGAUUAUGUCAUGAAGCUGCACAUCGCGAUUCCCACCCAGUCGACCUUGAGACGACAUCUGGCCCAUAUCCGAACAUUGGAUUUCGAGAAGUCGAUCAUGAAAAGGCACCAGCCAGCGAGUAUGGUCGGAGGCGAGCUGAUGCGUUAUCAAUUGGAGGGUUUGAACUGGCUUCUCUUCCAAUGGUUCCAGAAUCAGAACGCCAUUCUAGCCGAUGAGAUGGGUUUGGGCAAAACGAUCCAGCUAGUCUCUUUUUUCGCUACAUUGGUCCAAGACCACAAAUGUUGGCCUUUCCUCGUGGUGGUGCCCAACUCAACCUGUCCCAAUUGGCGGCGUGAGAUCAAGAAGUGGGCACCUUCUCUCCGGGUUGUGACCUACUAUGGCUCGGCUAGGGCGAGAAAGCUCACGCAUGACUACGAAUUGUUCCCAAAGGACAAGGAAGAAGAUCAGAAUACACCACCAAAGCGGAAAGACAGGGAGGUCAAGGAUAUCAAAGCUCAUAUUGUUGUCGCCUCAUAUGAGUCUAUCGUCGAAGAAAAGACCAGAAAGAGCCUCAUGAAGGUGCCGUGGCAAGGCCUUGUCGUGGACGAAGGACAGCGUCUCAAGAGCGACCGAACACAAAUCUAUGAAAUUCUGUCCAAAUUCCGCUUCCCGUUCAAGGCCCUCCUGACAGGUACACCCCUUCAAAACAACGCUCGAGAGCUUUUCAAUCUUCUACAGUUCCUGGACAAAAGCAUGAACGCAGCAGAGCUGGAGGCCAAAUACGCCAAUCUCACACAAGAAAACGUGCCUGAACUGCAUAAUAUGCUUCGAGAGUUCUUCCUGCGACGCACGAAGGCUCAAGUACUCACUUUCCUGCCUCCGAUGGCCCAGAUUAUCGUGCCAGUCACCAUGUCAACACUUCAGAAAAAGGUCUACAAAUCGAUCUUGGCCAAGAACCCGGAACUGAUGAAAUCGAUCUUCGCGCGCGACGGUACUGCGAGCCAGAAGGAGAAACACAAUCUGAAUAACAUCUUGAUGCAGCUGCGAAAGUGUUUAUGCCACCCUUUCGUGUAUAGCAGAGACAUUGAGGAGCGAGGAGCUGAAGGCGCCGCUUCCUUCCGGAAUCUGGUGGAUGCCUCCUCUAAGCUGCAACUCCUGGCCAUCAUGCUACCUAGACUGCAAGAGCGAGGGCACCGUGUUCUCAUUUUCAGUCAAUUUCUUGACAAUCUCGACAUUGUUGAGGACUUCCUUGACGGGCUUGGAAUGCAGCAUCGCCGUAUCGACGGGAGUAUCUCUGCGGCCGAGAAACAAAAACGCAUCGAUGAGUUCAAUGCUCCAGAUUCGCCAUAUUUUGCGUUCCUGCUCUCAACGCGAGCGGGAGGAGUUGGCAUCAAUUUGGCCACUGCCGACACCGUCAUCAUUCUCGACCCGGAUCUCAACCCGCACCAAGAUAUCCAGGCUCUUUCUCGAGCGCACCGUAUUGGACAGAAGCACAAGGUGCUCGUUUUUCAACUGAUGACGAGAGAAAGCGUGGAAGAAAAGAUCAUGCACAAUGGUCGCAAAAAGAUGGCACUCGACCACGUUCUUAUCGAGCAGAUGGACAGGGAGGAAGACGCUGGUCGAAAUCUUGCGACGAUCCUCCGUCAUGGGGCGCAAGCACUUUUCGAAGAUGAUCCUGCGGUGCAAGAUAUUGUCUACGAUGACGUUUCGAUUGAUCGGUUGCUUGACCGUUCCCAGAUCGAAGACACCAAGAUUGAUACAGAGAAGUCGGCCGAGUCGCAAUUCAGCUUUGCUCGAAUCUGGGCGAAUGACAAGUCUGCAUUGCAAGAAGACCUGCCCGACCGCACGGCAAAUAAUACCCCUAACCCUGGAAUCUGGGAUAGAGUCCUGCGGGAACGUGAGCGAGUGUUUGCCGAAGAACAGGCGCGGAAAGCUCAAGCGUUCGGCAGGGGCAAGCGCAAGCGACAAACUGUCGACUACCGUCUGGGCGACCGCGACGGCGAGAAAGCAGAGCCAGAGGCCGCUGACGCCGAAGUCGCGCCAGGUGACCCUGAUUACCGAGCGCACGAGCAGUCCGACGACGACGUGGCCACAGAGACUGACGCGGCCACGGAGAGUGAUUCAGAACCAAUGGUCAAACGAAAGGUCCAAGGUAGGGAACUCAAAUCCUGGCCUCGCAAGGCAGCAUAG